CGUCGAAGAUCCUGCACUCUCCUCCUCUCGUCUCAACACAACCUCAUUCCUUCCCACUCUCCCGCCUUUCUCAUCCCUCUUCUUCUCGACCUCUACGCUACCUUCAUCCUCUACUCACGGGGACACUCCAAGUCUUGUCCGCUCCUCCCUCACUGCACCUGCAAUACACCUCCGUCCUGCAACCAUCUUCGCUACCGCACAUUUGAUCGAGAUCGCCCGCCUUGCUCGCCAUCCAAGCUUCUCUCGAAAUCAGCAAGAUCGUCUCCUUCCUUUAGCUUCAUCUCACCUUCCUCAAAAUGGCUUCCGCCGAUUCCCCCGUUGCGAACCAUGUCGAUGACGCCGCUGCUCUGAACGAUUCCUUGAAUCAGCUCAAUCUCGGCGACAGAGAGAAUGAGCCUCCAAAGACCGAAGAAGAAUAUGCGCAGUCACAACUGACCCUUCGAGCCAUUGUCUCAACCAAGGAAGCUGGCGUUAUCAUUGGCAAACAAGGAAAGAAUGUGGCUGAUCUACGAGAAGAAACCGGUGUCAAAGCUGGUGUCAGCAAGGUCGUGCAGGGCGUUCACGAUCGUGUCCUGACUGUUACUGGCCCUCUUUCUGGCAUCGCAAAGGCAUACUCUCUUGUCGCAAAAGGUCUCCUGGAGGGUGCGCCCCAAAUGGGCAUGGGAGGGGUGAUCCAGAACAAUGGUACUCAUCCCAUCCGCCUCUUGAUCUCCCACAACCAGAUGGGUACCAUCAUCGGACGGCAAGGUCUGAAGAUCAAGCACAUCCAAGACGUUUCCGGAGUCCGCAUGGUUGCUCAAAAAGAAAUGUUGCCCCAGUCCACCGAGCGCAUCGUCGAAGUGCAAGGUACCCCUGAGGGCAUUGACAAAGCCGUUUGGGAAAUCGGAAAAUGUCUCGUCGACGACUGGCAACGUGGCACCGGGACUGUGCUGUACAACCCUGCUGUUCGCGUGCAAGUUGGUUCGGGUCCUCUUCCUCCAGCUGUUGGUGGUGGAGGAAUGCCGGGUGCUGCCUUCAGCAGCGGUCGCUCCUACAAUCGCACCGGCAACGGCGCCGACUUUAGCGAAGCACGGACCUACAACCGUAGCAAUGAUGCACCACGAGGUGGCGGUAUUCCCAUGGUCACCGAAGAUGGUGAAGAAGUCCAAACCCAGAACAUCAGCAUUCCCGCCGAUAUGGUCGGCUGCAUCAUUGGGCGAGGCGGAUCCAAAAUCAGCGAAAUCCGGAAGACCUCAGGAGCCAGAAUCUCAAUUGCAAAGGCACCUCAUGACGAGACUGGUGAACGUAUGUUCACCAUCAUGGGAAGUGCUACCGCGAACGAGAGAGCUCUAUAUCUCCUCUACGAGAACUUGGAAGCCGAGAAGGGACGCCGACAACAAGUGUCUUCGGAAUGAAGCACGGAACCAUCCAUCCUUCAAGUCAGGCUGCUCUUCUCUGGUUCAACAUCACGCCUCUAACCCCCGAGACACCACAUUCCUUCGAAUCCCAUUGUUUCCUCAAUCAACCGACCCGAUGAUCACAACCCCGCGAAAAAGCAUAAGGCAUUGUUUGCUCUUUGGCGUCCGACCGAUAGACGGUAUGUUGCGCAAAGCGACCUGACGAAGCUAUGAUACCUUUUUCUUUACGUCUCGCUCGGAACGCGAGUUGAUGAAUGAUGACAUGAGCUUGUAUGCAACGACCUUGAUCCUUCCUUAAUGCAGACCCGACAACCCAACCAGGACCUGACCGAUCUCUCAAUCCCAUCCUCGUCCCGAACCGCAAGACACAAACUUCCUCUCUUUCCAUCCGCCAGGAGCCUCAAAAUCCCUGUCGAGGUGAACUCCGCCUUUCCAGGAAUGUGCUAAGCCAGACGGCGGUGGCAAACAAGAAACGUAGAUUCGCCAUGGCUUGUCUGUGGGCACGACGGUGGCAUACCUAGAUAGUACACAGUCGACCGCUACUGGCUGAGAAGUAGGCCACCAUACCAGAGGACAAGCGGACCUCUCCUAGUCAAAAUGAAAUACUCAUUCAAAGUCGG